AUGGUGAAGGAAGGCACUGAGUCUGCGAAAGAGAUAGAGGGGUUGGCAGCGAGCGGCGCUAAGCCGACCGAGGCUCCCACGCCUAGUACGGAUUCCCCGGCGGGGGUGCCUCCCACUGGCGAAGAUCCCGUCGACCAUGCUUGUGUUCAAGAAGCGCCCACUGAAUCACCUUUCACUAAAGCAUUUGCGAGUCCAGAAACUCCCACGGUAGACGUUCUCACUGAAGAAGAGUCCACGGAUGAUCUUAUCAUUGAUGAGGCUCCCAACGAAAGCGCCCCCGCUGACGAAGCUGCGAUUGAAGAAGCUGUUACGGGAGAAGCGCCGCCCACUGAAGAAUCAGCAGAUAAGCGACUCAAGGUGUAUCGAUUUCGCAUAGGCCUCCCGCUGCUCUAUGAGUACCGUGCAUAUUCGUCGCCGCCGACUUGCACAUGGGCCUGGAAGAGCUUGGACCAGCUCGAGCUGCUGAUGUCCGCCGUUGAAGACGAUAUGCGGGAGCUCGAGGACGCGCUGAAUCGGCUAGGCGCGCCCUCCCUUCAGACGGACGGCAUCAGGUUACCUCUCCGGGAGCAGCGAGCCGAGUGUUUGUUGAAUAUGGCGAACAUCCUUGCGGCGACCCACGAUGGGUCUGGCGCAGCAUAA